AUGUCGUCUCUCUCUACACCUCCUAAUGACAAAGAGCUGAGAUUCGACAAGAUAUCAGCUCCGUACGAAUGGCUUGAGUCAUACCGUCCUGGAGGCUAUCAUCCUGUCCAUCUGGGCGAUGAGUUCAAAGAUGGCCAGUACAAGGUCGUGAGGAAACUUGGAUGGGAGACUUUUUCGACUGUUUGGCUCGCGCGGGAUGUGAAAAACGCACGCUAUGUCGCUCUAAAGAUCAUCACUGCAAACAGUGAUACAACUCGAGAACUCGAUAUCCUAAACCAUCUCGCCAAAACAGACAGCAGAUAUAUCACCCAUCUUCUCGACCACUUCACCCACACCGGUCCAAACGGACAACUCAAAUGUCUCAUCUUCGAACCAAUGGGCCCAAGCGUAGACAACCUAGUCUACGAAUUCCCACAAUACAACCGACGGCAGAAUGCCAUGGUAGCGCGACAUCCUAUGAAAAUAGCAAAGAGUAUCCUGAAGUAG